GUUCAUGAGGAAUUUCAGGUAAAUUUACAGUGGUGCCAUUGACGGGCAAACGUGGAAGUUAAAUAAAAGCACUGUUUUACACGCGACUGCAUGAGGCAGCAGUCAUAACCAGAGAACUGUAUAUAUACACUGAGCCAAUUGAACUGUUCCGUGGCAGAUGUUUAACGGGACGUGCAGUCAUUAACUUCUAAUUCAUGUUUUACCUUAUGUUAAGGAGUUUUUAAGGAGUUAAGGGUCUCUGUACAAAUAUAAUAAAUUAUGUAGCGGUGUCUUCAGUUCGGUAGCAUGAAACACCUGUGGUACAGUACACACGCCGGUGGAUAUAAAGGCAGUACAAAAGUCCUAAAACUCCAUUCCGAGUUCCUGCUUGAAGAAAAGAGAUCGAACUGCAAACGUUUGAAAACAACAGGAAAGUCGGAGGAAAAGUCUAUUGAACUGACGUAUCUUUUGAAGAGAAGUUUGGUCCAGCGUUAUGAAGAGUUGCCCGAAAGUUAUUCUCGCGUUGUUGCUGUUGUGCGCUAUCCACGCUUGCUGGGCAAAGCCGAAAUGGUUGUGGGUAAAUGAUGAUUCUUUAGACGACUGGGAAUCGAGAGCAAACGACGCUGAAGACCGUAGAUUUGAAAACGUGGAGAGGAAGAUAUUCACUCGAAAAAUGUCUUGUAAAAGCUGCGCGGAACCAAAUUGUUAUGAUGGUAUAUGCGGUAAAUGAGACUUCAAUUCGAUUCGUUUCCUGGAGCCGUGCGUGCAUGCUAGUGUUUUAUGGACACGGACACUUGAGGAACGGACUCGGUUUAGGGAUUAUUUCAGAAAUGUAGUUAUUGACUAGCUUAAAUGAGUAAAAGUAAAAGGUUUAAUGUACUA